UCGAACGCCAUUUUUACGCAAUAUAAGCCAGCCAAGUUAGGAAGCCCACAUGCAAUUCAUUUCUCCUACUAGAGAAUCUACUUUUAUUCACAGCAGUAUUAUCCAUAGUCGCUUCCCGUUUGUACGAAAACAAAAUACGAGGAGGGAAAUAUUGAAAUUAAAAUGGCAUUUCUAUCAAACAUCUUAUUUUUAUCGACAAUGUGAAUUGAAAUGUGUAACAACAUUCAAUUUUAGUUGAAACGCGAAUUAGUUCUUCUGUGUUUUGAUAGAAUCGUUAGUUUAAUCAAAUUAAGAGUGGAAAACUUGUGUAUUUAGUAAACUACUGAAAGACAUGGAGGAGUUGAGGUCCAAACACAAAUCACUGCAGAGUGCUGCUCACCACAUUGCCCUGGAAUGCAUCCAUCCUCAGUUGUUCACAGUGGUAUUUGUCCGCCCAUGUCUGUGCAUUGGAACUAGCAGUCGACUCACGGGUCACCGUACCACGUUCACCCGUACCCUUCCCCCGUACGGCUCCAGCAUGCGUUCCAGAAUACCCAGCACAGCCCCAAGAUGUUUCAUCCGAAGGGACUCAAACCACACCUUGAUCCCCGGGCAUACGGAACACCGAAUGAUAGCCCUAUCCUGGGCCGGGCGCUAUGCCUCACGCCCCGAGGCAGUCCAGUACCCGGACGGGUCUCUCAUCUCAACGAGAAGUUCCAAGAUUCCUUGACUUUGACCUCUGAUACUGAUGCCUUGGUAGCCAAGAUCAGUGCCAUGUUUCCUACCGUCAGCGAAACGCACAUCAAGAUAUUGUUGAAGAAGUACUACAACAGAGAAGCGGUAGUUAUAUCGGCGUUACAAGUUGAAAAGCACCCCAUAACGACGCCGGGGCCUCUCACGAUGUCCCCAUCAGCUGUGCGACUCCAAAAAGGGGCUCCGGGACUUCAUUCUGCUUUGCAACUCGCUAAAGGCAUGUCGGGGUCUAUGGCGGGGUCUAGCCAUUAUUCGCCCUUGACGGGCACGCCUCAUGGAUCUCCAUCAUUACUGCGGCCAGCGUCAGGUGCUUCCAGCUACUACGGUGCCAGGUCCGUGGAUGGCCAGCCGGCGAGACACCAGUCGCCGAAGAUGAAACUCAAGUACCUCAAAAGCAUAUUCCCAAAAGCAGAAGAGACGUUGAUCCUAGACGUUCUAGCGAACAAAGAUAAUAAUGUUCAGAAGGCCAGCGAAGAGCUUAUAGGUAUGGGGUUCAAUAAGAAGGAAACUAUCGUGCAGCAGAAGAAAGAAGCCACGCCGUUGCCGCAGAAGAAAGUCGUCACAAUCAUGAAGACGAUGGCUGAGAAAGAAGAAUUAAAAGAAAAUCUGCAAAAGAAAUAUAGCGGUAUAGCGGAACGCGUGAUAUCUUUAGCACUAGAGAGCGUAGACUACAAUGAGGAAAGAGCUGAACAGAUGCUCAACGCCGUGCUACAAGAGGAGGCGGCGCCCAAGGUCACGAAGGUCGAGGUCAAGGACACGAGGACGGUGACCUUGGAACCGAAGAAGGGUUUUCACGCGGAGGUGCGGUCCCCGAGCCCGGCGCCAGCUCCACCCGCCUCCCGCCGCAUCAAGACGUGGACCGAGCACUUGAAGCCUAUUCUGAAGACGAGUAGCAGUGUGGAGGCCAAGUUCAAGUCUCAGUAUUGUUCACCCACGAAAGGUCCUAACCCUUCGCUACGACAAGGACCGAAGGACAGUUUGCUAUUAGAAGACUACAUGCCGUGGACUGGGCCUGACCCAGAGUUACGCAGCGGGCAAUCCGUCAAGACCGAAGGACCAGAACCUCGCGAUAGGCCGUUCAACCUCGCCCGAGGCCCUUCAGGACUAGCAAAGGGCCCCGCCGGAAUCGCUAAAGGCUCCCUCUAUCAGAAAUUAAGCAAAAAGUCCGCUAAGAUUAUCGGCUAAACGAACCGAGAUUGCAACACCGACUGUCUUCGCAGAAAAUCCUUCAAUGAAUGGAGAAACCGAUAACAUUUCAGUAGCAGCUUGGAUAAAGGGUUUAAGGUGUGUGUUCUAGAAGUAAUGUGAAGUCAGCCCUAGGCCUGUUUAACGUAGGCAUCGUCCAAUUUAAAAGUAACGGCAAAUCUCAAGUGUUUAAUUAAUAAUUAAUUUACUGCAUUAACCUCUUCCUAACUUUGUUGGAGUCGGCUUCCAGUCUAACCUGAUGCAGCAGAGUACUAGUGUUUUACACGGAGAGGCUGCUUAUCUGACCUUCUCAGCUCAGUUACCCUGGCAAACCAAGAAGACUGGUUGGCAGACGCGUGGGGCUGUUAUAUAGCCAAAGGCCCCUCCUAUAUUCAAGUCAGCUGCUAAAAUAAGCCCUAACUCAUUAAACAAUCAAGGUAUAAAAUUAUCUCAUUAUUAUAAAAAUCUUCGUAAAAAACUUGCUCAAGACAAAAAUAUAUCGGUAUUUGAAUAAGAGCGCUGUAUAAGUAAUAUGAAAUCUUGCCUAAACCUAAGAAUUGAUACAAAUAUUCAUUUUUAAUAUUAUACUUCACAUGUUCAACCCGUUGUUAUUUCAUGUUUUACAAUAUUGUAGUUUUAUCGAAGGUCGUACUUAGGCCCGGUUUCAGUGGUUAUUGGUAAAUUGUCAGUUGUCUGAUAGUUAAUGCUAUCUGUCAGAUAAAGGCUGCGAAACCAGAAGUUAUAAUUUAUAAGUUACUGAUAGACUAUCAGAGACUUUGCUUAACGUAACUGAUGAAACUGGGGGUAAAAAUAAUAGUGUUCCAUUAUAACAGAUACUUUACUAUUAGUUUUUGUGUCUUGUCAUAAGACAUGCUCACCGUUUAGAAGUAAUUAGUAAAACUUAGAAGUAUACACUGUUCAAUGCCAAAACAUUUACUUUAUUGUUGUUUAUUAGUUUUAUGUAAAUUAGGAAGUUUUAUAUAAUUUACUAUUUAUUCGUUAAUUUAUUGGGAGUAAACCAUAACUUUUCCCAAAAUAAAAUUAAUAAACCAACAAUAUAAUUCUAUAGACUUGCGUUGUGCCCAGUUCUUCCGACCCUUGCAUUAAUCUAAGUAAUAAAAGUAAUUAUAAUUACUACGUCAGGGAGUCUAUAUCCGGCCAAAAAUUUGUAUGGAAAAAGUGUGUAUGUCGAAAAAUGUAUUUUUUUAAAUAAUGAACGAAAACUAAGGCUUUGUUAAUGCUAAGUGAUUUGGGAAAACAUUGUUUUCUCCAAAAAUGUCGUAAUUAAAAUGUAAAAAUAAACCCAUUUUGUUUUUGAGUGUAUUCUUGAAGAUUUUUUUGAAAUAUUAUUUAAUUGUAACUGUUUUCGUAGCUAAAAAUCAUUGAUUUCGUGAUGUUCUCAAGGUUCUGUUUAGUGACUACGAUUCUUAGCGCUAAUUAGCAUAAUAAAUUAUUUUUGUACAUAGACGCGUUAAUUAAGUGUGGUUAAUAUUAUUAUAACAAUGUAUGUGCAAUAUUUCUGCCUGUUGGCUUAUGAACUCUUGGUAAAUGUAGCUUAAGUAUCAUUUAAUACAAGAUUUCCAAUAUCUAAGGUCAAUGACACGAACGCUUCAGUUUCGUAAAAUCAUUUUAGUUAUUAUUAUAGACUUAUAGAGCCACCGAGUAAGUAUCUGCCACAUUCAGGAAAUUCAGUUCACCCAUAUUCAAAGAAUGCGGUUUAAUAUUUAAAAAUCAACUAUUGAAUAACUUUUUGAAAUCUUUAAAAUCCCGUUUUUAUUGGUGAAUUUUUUAAAAUGGCAACACCGAAUCAAAACUAGUAGCUCUGUCAUGAACAGCCUCGGUGGCUUUAUAACGCAAGAUUUAAGCAAUUGUCUUAGAUAAUGAUAGAUUAGACAUCUAUUUUCUUAAGAGAGAGACAGCCAAGGGAGAGUUAGAAAGAAACAACCGUAGUUAUGGCCGUUUAGACUGUAGCUAUUAGUUCAACCAUUGUAGGUAACUUUAGCGAAGGAUAGGUAAAGUAUUUCUCCCUCCUUAUAUAGUUUAAACUCUUAUACGAACAUUCCAUCCUUCAAAAAUGUUAUUUAAGGUUCUUAUUCAUGUAUAUUGCAUGCGUAAUUUGAAACUUAUUUUUAAUUUUCUUUCUAAGAGUAUCACCAAAAAGGUCUGAUGUUUAGUUGCCGAUAAAAAAAUAUUAGGGCAUAAUAUUCAACCUUUAGAAGUCUUAAGGUCUCUGCACACAGCGGGCGCGGCGCGGCGGGACGGGACGGCGACGUGACACUGAGCAGUUGUAAUGUACUAGAUAUUACGAAGGCCGCCAC